GGGGGGGCAAUAAACCUCUCUGAUGACCUAUGAGAUCUCCGACGACCUCUUUGGAGACCUUCAGCUAGGUUUUCAUUGAAGUCCAAUGGGCGGCGGCCGGUGAUAGAAAUCCGGCGACCGGUGACUGGACUCCGGCGAAAUUUCCUAUGGCUUCUCUCUCUUCCAUUUUCUCUCUCUUCCUCUAUGUAACAAAUGGGUGAAGGCAAAAUAGUCUGAAAAAUAAACAAAAAAUAACAAAAAACGAAAACUUAAUUGGGUAUUAAGGAAGACCUUAUUAGAGUCUUCAUGGGUAAGUGGAAACAAAAAUAAGUGGUUGGUGUAAGGAGGAAAAAAGUCUCUAGAAUUAAGGUAAAUGGUCAAAAUCCCUUCUUUUUAUUUUUAGUUUACCAAGCCCGCCCCUACUUCAUAUGGCCUUAGCCACCUGCAAGGAAAAAGGCCACCAACGUGUUUCCCUUAACCGUGACGCCAUUUUUCCUGCUGUAAAACAGAAAAACUGCUGUGCUGCUCAUCGUUUUUUCCUAUUCAUCAUAUCGAAGUAAGAUAGAAAAAUUACAUAGCAUAAAAGUAACCAAGUUAAAACCUAGUGGGAGAAAAGCCAGAGAUGUACCGGGCAUGCUCAUGUACUCUACAGUCUACCGCUCUACGUCUUGCUUUCAUUAUUAACUAAUUAAUUCUUGUAUGGCUUUGACUAAUGUACUAAUUAUGGACCACCCAACCCUACAUCAGAUCUCUCUCUCAACUCUGAUAAAAAAAUUCAAACUUAAUAAAGAUUCGAGAGUCUGCGUCUCUUGUCUUAUACGAUUACGUUAGGUAGUAGAUAGGUACCCAUUUCAUUUGCAAGUUCUUCUUCAAUUUGGCAGAAGACGAAGACUAACUCCUCAUAUAAGCUAGCUAGCUAGCUAGUCAUUCCUGCUUUCCUAGCUUGAAUGAAUUAAAAAACCUUUCCCCGGCCCCUUGCCACUUACAAAUACUACUCGAUCUUCCACUCAUCAGUUACGCACUGAUCGAUCCUUACUUUUCUCCAAUCGAUUGGAAUCACAAGUCAUGGAUGAACAACGCUGUGACUUGAAACACUUGCACUCGGACCAGAGCUUUCUGGGGCUCAGUAGUAGUUCCGAUCAUCGUCUAGUUGAACCCCCAAUAAAAGAAGAAACAUUAUUCAAAGAGAUCAAAGAAGUUGAUUUCUUUUCCAAUAAUAGACUUCCCGAUCAACCGGCGCCUGGUCAUGCAGAGCUGACCACUCUUCAGCUUCAAGUUGAGUUACAGCGAGAAUACGAAGAGAAUCAAAAGCUCAGAACCAUGUUGGACCAAAUCACCAAAAGCUACAAUGGGUUGCAGGCUCAGCUGCGCAUGAUCAGACUUCAAAAGCAGCUGCAAACUUGUGCAGAAGACAGCAUUAAUCUUGAUCCGAAGUUAUCCUUCCUACAUGAUGACCAAUCCCCCAAAAGUAGUUCUCAUCACGAUCAUGAUCAAGAACAAGUUCUUGCUGCUACUGAUCAUGAUCAGGUUCCUUCAAGAAGGGCUAGGGUCUCCGUACGAGCAAGAUCGGAAGCUCCCAUGAUUAGCGAUGGAUGUCAAUGGAGGAAAUACGGUCAAAAGAUGGCCAAGGGUAAUCCUUGUCCCCGUGCUUACUAUCGCUGCACUAUGUUCGCUGGAUGCCCCGUUCGGAAACAGGUGCAAAGAAUGGCAGAGGACAAGACCAUUCUGAUAACAACAUAUGAAGGUAAUCACAACCACCCUCUUCCUGCAGCUGCGAUAUCUAUGGCUAAUACCACAUCAGCAGCAGCAGCCAUGUUGAUAUCGGGUUCAACAACCAGCAAGGAAGCUCAUCAUCAUCUAACACACCCUACAGGCUUGUUCUCUUCUCUUCAGCCGCUCUAUGGUUCAUCCAUGGCCACCUUUUCAACCUCUGCACCAUUUCCCACAAUCACACUGGACAUGACCAGCGCCCCUAACCCUAACCCUAAUCCCAUGCAGUUCAUGCACAGUAGUGCUACAUUUCCUAUUCCUUUGCAGGGUUAUAAUCAUCCGCUUAUAAAGCACCCCUUGUGUUUGAAUAUCCCUCGACAUAAUCAUGCAGCGCUAACACCAGCGGCAAUGCAACUAGCAGAUCUGCAGCCAUUUCUAGAACAACCCCACGGUUCGAUGGUUGGGACAAUAACUGCAGCCAUUACUUCUGACCCGAAGUUCACUACAGCCCUAGCUGCUGCCAUCUCAAGUAGAAUGAAUAAUAUUGAGAAUAUUAAUGCUGGAUUACAAGGAAGUACCAAUGAUAUUAGUUCCCUUAACAGUAAUGGGAAUGAGGUUUGCGCAGCAUUAUCUGGCUCCCCACAGCUUCCUCAAUCCUGUACCACUUUCUCCACCACCUAAUCCUGCAUGCAUGAUGCAUGGGGUAUAUAUGUAGUAAAGUGAAGUAUUUAUCACAAGACGCUAUCUUGCUGGUGAGCAGUGACCGUGAUAGAAUGAUUUGUUGGACUAGUAAAUGAUAUGGAGCUCUUAAUUACUAGCUACAUGCCCAAUGAGACAAAUUAUUGUGAAUUCGAAGCAAAUGAAUACAAAUGUGUACUAUAUUUCAAAGUUCAUAAACAUCUUUACGAAAAAUA